AUGCCAAGACCUAAUUUCACAGUUGUGGAAGAGUUUACCUUUGAAGGCUUUUCCAUUUUUGGGUGGCAGCCCAGACUCAUCCUCUUUGUGGUGUUUUUGGUCUUGUACCUGUUGACCCUUGCCAGCAAUGCUAUCAUCUUGACAGUCAUCUACCUCAACCAUCAGCUUCACACACCGAUGUACUUCUUCCUGAGUGUGCUGUCCAUUUCUGAGACCUGUUACACAGUAGCCAUCAUCCCCCGAAUGCUGUCCAGUCUCCUCAGGCCCCAACAUGCUAUCUCUAUUCCAGACUGUGCCACUCAGCUCUUCUUCUAUCUCACUUUUGGUGUCAACAACUGCUUCCUGCUCACCGCCAUGGGGUAUGACCGCUACGUGGCCAUCUGCAACCCCCUACGAUAUUCAGUCAUCAUGGGCAAGAAGACUUGUAUACAACUGGCAGGGGGAUCCUGGAGCAUUGGCUUAAGCACAGCCAUCAUUCAAGUAUCGUCUGUGUUCAGCAUGCCUUUCUGUGGUGCCAAUGUCAUCUCCCACUUCUUUUGUGAUAUCCGGCCCCUAAUGAAGCUUGCCUGUGCUGAUAUCACCAUCAAAGAAUUGAUCACUUUGCUCAUCAGUCUGUGCGUGCUUGUUCUACCCAUGGUCUUGAUCUUUAUCUCUUAUGUCCUGAUUGUCAGCACCAUCCUCAAGAUGGCAUCUGCUGAGGGUCGGAAAAAGGCUUUUGCCACGUGUGCCUCACAUCUCACAGUAGUCAUUGUCCACUAUGGCUGUACCUCCUUCAUCUACCUAAAACCCAAAUCACAAAACUCCCUGAAGGACAGACUGAUCUCUGUAACCUACACUGUCAUUACCCCACUCCUAAACCCCGUUGUAUACAGCCUCAGGAACAAAGAGGUCAAGGAUGCCUUGCUCAGAGCUUUGGGCAGAAAGUCCUUUUCUUAG